GCACUACCACAUGCGGCAAGCCGCCACAGACAUUUGACAACCGUGUACCGCCUUCAGACAGCCUUAUUUUUCCCUCCCGUACUGCCUGAAACUCCGUGCGCCUGGCAAUGUGAGCAGCACCAGCACGAGGAUUCCAUGGACUUUUUUAGUCCCCACAUCUCAGGAGAAUGUAUGGAAGGUGACAAUUCUCCAUAAUCUACAAAAUUUGAAUGAAUAUGGCAGCUCUCGUUAACAAAGUACUUGGACGCUGCUCUCUGCCCCUUCUUAAUAAUUUUGAACCCACAAACAUCAAUCAUCAGUUAACGCGAUUUGCUUCGGUAAAAGCUGCUGUUCUUCACGAAUUAUGUGGCCAAUUAAAAGUGGAAAACGUUGAAAGAAAGAAGAAAUUAGAAAAGAAUGAAGUCUGUGUGAAAGUUCAUACUUGUGGUUUAAAUGUAUCAGAUUACCUUGUAACUAGAGGAGAAUAUGAUGUAAAACCAAAAUUACCUUUCAUACCAGGACAUGAAGUAGCUGGGAAAAUUAUUGAAGUGGGUUCUGGAGUGAGCAAAGAAUUUGGUGUAGGUUCAAGAGUUCUUGCAUUGAGUAAGAAAGAGUUUGGUGGUCUUUCUGAGGAGGUGGUUGUAGCACAGUCGGAUCUUUGGACAAUACCAACUACAAUUUCGUAUCAAACAGCAGCUGCAUUAGCUGAUAAUUACAGUACUGUUCUUAUUGGGUUGGGUCGAAGAGCAAAGAUCAAAGAAAAUGAUGUCCUCCUUAUUGGAGCUGGAUCUGGUGGUUUAGGUUUGGCAGCAUUAGAUUUUGCUGCUAAUGUAUACAAAGCCAAGGCAAUAGUAAUAUGUUCCUCUGAAGAGAGGGCAGCUGCCCUAAGAGAAAAGGGUGCGUGGUCAGCCCUUACAUAUAAUGACAAAGGUAUUAUCAACAAAGUGAAGGAGGUCACUGAUGGCAAAGGUGUUCAAGUAGUAUUUGAUGCCCUUGGAGGGCCUGUGUUUGAAACUGCUGUGAAAUGUGUUGCCCAUGAAGGGAAAGUGGUGGUUGCUGGCCAUGCAAUUAGGCAAGCACCACCCAUAAAAGUGGCUGAGGUCCUUCCUCAAUCGUUUAGUAUUAUGGGAGUGUCCCUUCGUAAUUACUUAGUAGCUGAUUAUGAAACUUAUCGACAAGCUGUCCAAGAUGCUCUUGAUAUGUGUGAACAGGAACUGAUAAACCCAUAUGUUACUCAAGUAUUGAAAUUAAGUGAAGUUAAUAAAGGUUUCAAGCAGCUUGAAGACACUAAUUGCCCAGGAAAAGUGCUAAUUGAAGUAGACGAUUAGGAAACGGAUUUCUUUGUAAAAGCAUAAUUGCCCAGAUUAUUACAAUGAAUUGUUAUAGUUUUUAUAUCUGCAAUAUUUUGAUUCUGUUUUUUUAAUUUUUUUUAAUGGGAAUUCCUUCUAUUUAUUUGUGUUUUUUAAAACAUCAAAUCUUUAAAAGCAGUCUACAAAAAAUGUAAUUAUGUCUCUAAUUUAUAAUCAACAUCUGUUAUUUGUAUUCUGUAUUCCUUCUGCAAUCAAGACUGUUAACAUAGUUUAAUCUAUAUUAUAGUUUGUAAAUAAGGUGAACAAUAGUAGUCUCAUUAAAAUGAACCUCAAUUCUU